AGACAAUGGAUGAUUCUCUUGGAGUAUCAGAAGUUGUAAUGAUUCCAUUCAUGAAACGAGAAGUUCUCCAGCAAAUAUGUGCGAUUUUAGAUACGGAUAACACUUGGGAGACGAUUGCACCUUACAUGCCCGGAAUUGAGUUGAGAGAUGUUGAAGGUUGCAAGAGAUAUUCAAGUUAUAACCAAAGUCCAUCGGAGUUACUUUUAAGAAUAUGGAGCUCGAAAGGAUACUCGACAACUCAUCUUUAUCAACUUUUUGCGAAAACAAAAUUGAUUCGAUUGAUGAGAAUGAUGAGGUCACAAGUACAUGAGAAGUAUCAUUAUUUGGAGAACAAGGUCACAAAUUCGACGUCUCGAGUUUCGAAACAAAUGGUCCAACCGCCGGGGUCUCAAAGUGCGUCUCGUUUGAAAAAAACUGAAAUAAAAGAGUCAUCUCCGUCACCAGCAGCAGCAGCAGCUUCUCAGUUAUCCAGAAGUAACACUGACGAUACACUUCGUGUAGCAAUCGAAGGAACACUUCCAGUAACUUAUUGUGAACUUCUCGAAGCAACUAACGGCUUUGCUGUGAGCAAUGUAAUUGGAAAAGGUGGAUAUGGAACAGUAUAUAAAGGAGAAUUAAAAGGAACUGGAGGAAUUGUUGCAGUGAAAAGAUUACAUUCAGGAAAUGAUACAUCACAGAAUGGAUCACGAGAACGACUUCGACAGAGUUUAACAGAAUUACGAACACUGGCAAGAUUUAGACAUGAUAAUAUUCUACCAAUUUAUGCAUAUUCAUUGGAAGGAUCUGAACCAUGUCUUGUAUAUCAAUUUAUGUCAAAUGGAUCAUUGGAGGAUCGAUUGUUGUGUAGAAAAGGAAGUGUACCUCUCACGUGGAUUCAACGAAAAGAAAUCAGUAUUGGAGCAGGUCGAGGACUCGGAUUUCUUCAUUCUUUCGGAAAAACUCCAAUAAUUCAUGGCGAUAUAAAAACAGCGAAUAUUCUUCUCGACAAGCAUAUGGAACCGAAAAUCGGCGAUUUUGGUCUGUGUAGAGAUGGACAUGUUGAAGCUGAAGCAAUGGAAAAGCAUCCAUUAAUUGCUUCACAUAUCAAGGGAACACUUGCUUAUCUUGCACCAGAAUUCAUUACAUCAAAGAUUCUUACCACAAAACUUGAUGUCUAUAGUUUUGGAAUAGUACUUUUGGAAAUUGCAUCUGGUCAACGGGCAUAUUCGGAUUCUCGUGAAACUCGGGGGCUCGUUGAAUAUUGUCAGGUUAAUAAGGAAUUGGCAGCACAUCGGAAGAUUCCAGUCAGAGAGAUUUUUAUUGAUCGACGAGCGCCGCCACUUGUUGGUGAUGAGGAAAAAUCAUUUUUGGAUGCUCUGAUUGAAGUUGGAUUAGCUGGAGCGAAUAACGAUCGGAAAGUUCGACCGACUAUGUCACAAAUUGUUGAAUAUCUUUGUAAAAAUUCAAUUCCGCCAGUUGUCUAAUUAAUACUGUGUACCUUGCCAUAUUCCUCGAACUCGAAAUUUUGCCAUUUUUGAGUCAAAACUACGGUAGCGGGUCUCGACACGACCGCCUAUAGAGAUUACUGUAGCAGGGGCUUUUUUGGCAAAUUUUUAUAUCCGGCAAUUUGCCUAUUUGCCGGAAAUUUCAAUUCUGGCAAUUUGCCAAUUUGCCUGAAAGUUUCAUUUCCGGCAAUUUUCCGAUUUGCCGAAAGUUUUCAUAUCCGGCAAUAUGCUGAUUUGCCGGAAAUUUUUAUUUUCUGAAAAAUACCGAGUUGCCGGAAAUUUCAAUUGUGGCAAUUCGCCAAUUUGCCGGAAAGUUUGAUUUCCGACAACUUGCCGAUUUGCCGGAAAUUUCAAUUCUGACAAUUCGCCAAUUUGCCGGAAAUUUCAAUUUCAUUUCGGUAAAUUGCCGAUUUGCCGGAAGUUGUUAUUUUCGGCAGUUUGCCAAUCUUCCAAUUUGCCGGAAAUUUUCACAUCCGGCACUUUGCGUAUUUGCCGGAAAAUUUUAUUUUUCGCAAAUUACCGAUUUGGCGGAAAUUUCAAUUUUGGCAACUCGCCAAUUUGCCGGAAAUUUUUAUAUCCAACGAUUUGCCGAUUUGCAGGAAAUUUCAAUUCCGGCAGUUUGGCGAUUUGCCGGAAAUUUCAAUUCCUGAAAUUUGCCAAUUUGCCGGAAAAUUUUCAGCAAAUCGGCAAUUUGACGGUUUGUCGAUUUGCGGAAGUUUGAAAUUACAGUACUCUUAACAAAAACUGUCGCUUCGAGACCAGAUACAGUAUUUUUGGCGCGAAAUCGCGAACUUUUGCUUCUGGAUAAUAAUUAUUUAUUAUAUAUUUUUUAUUGAAUCUGUUUU